CUAAUCCCAAAGAAGAAAAAUAAGUUACUUCCGGGUAAAGAAGCCAGGAUAGGCAGUUAGCUCUCAAAUGUCACAAAGAGUGUGAUAUUAGUCGAUUUCAGAGAUGUGUGCAUGGAAAGGAUUAUUGAAUAAGUACGGAAUGCAAACACCUAUCACAUGGCUGCAAUAGCCAAAAAGCAUUUUACGACCUAGCAUAUUACUUUCACCGUUCAACUGGAAAGUAGCUAGCUAGCUAGCAUAACAAUAGUAGUGUCAUCUUUUUCUAGCUAGUCCUUUUUUGACACCAACCAGAUGCAUAGGAGAGGAGUAGGUGCAGGAGCUAUCGCCAAAAAGAAGCUUGCAGAGGUAAUUUGUUUGCCAUCAUGUAGUCUAUAGAUGAAUGUGCCCAUCUACAAAAUGUAAAUAAUCAAGUCAUGGCAUUGCAGUCAUUUUCAUUAGAAGCGAGAAAUACAAACAUCUUAGCCAAAACACUCUAUUAUUUUCUGUAGGCCAAGUAUAAAGAGAGGGGGACAGUUCUAGCUGAGGAUCAAAUUGUUCAGGUAAGCCCAAUAAGUCGUGUGGGUGUGCAAGUGUGUCUACUUUGGAAUGCUAUUCAAUCCAUGUAGGUAAUCAACCUGCUGCCAUUGUAGAAAGCUCUAACCAUCAUGGUCUUUCAGAUGUCAAAACAGCUGGAGACCUUUAAAUCUAACCUUGAGGAAUUUGCCAGCAAGCACAAACAAGAGAUCCGUAAGAGUUCCCAGUUCCGGGUCCAGUUUCAGGAGAUGUGUGCCACCAUUGGAGUCGACCCACUUGCCUGUGAGGAUCACAACUGUGUCUUUUAAAUAAGUCGUUUUUUGCUCUAGUAGCCCAUUAGAUAAGCGCAUCCCUUAGUAAUUUUUUAUGCAUGCGGUUCAUACAUUGUAUUUAUUCAAUGAAUUGAAACGCAACCAGUUGAGUGUUUUCUGUGUCCUUGACAGCUGGCAAAGGCUUUUGGUCGGAGAUGCUUGGUGUGGGUGACUUCUAUUACGAGCUGGGUGUGCAGAUCAUUGAAGUAUGCCUGGCCCUGAAACACAGAAAUGGAGGUGAGGCUUCUUUGGAACAUAAUCAAAGUCAUAGCAAAAUACUGAAUUUGUUAUGUGCCUUUCAUUUGUGUUUUAUCUCUGUUUUAGGACUUAUUACCCUGGAUGAGCUCCAUCAUAGAGUGUUGAAGGGAAGGGGGAAAUUUGCUCAGGAUGUGAGCCAGUGAGUUCCAUCAGACAAAUAUCUGAAAUGAUCAAUUCAAUUGUAUCUCCUAAGAAAUGCAGAAAGUCAACGUUUAUGAUCAUAUUUAAUACAAUAAUGCACGCAUAUUUAUUCAUCAAUUUCAUUAUGAAGUUGAAAUUGUAUCUCUAUUCUCCGCUCCAGAGAUGACUUGGUGCGGGCCAUAAAGAAGCUGAAAGCCAUGGGGAACGGCUUUGGGAUGAUUCCUGUUGGAAGCUCUUACCUUGUGCAGUCAGUACCAGCAGAGCUCAACAUGGACCACACUGUGGUACUUCAGCUGGCUGAGGUAAUCCUUCAUUUCACCUCUUGAAUCUGUAUUGUGUGGCUGCCUGAUCAGUUAUUAGGCUAAAUGACUUGACAAAAAUGUCUCAGAAUACUGAUUGUGAGAUUAGAGGGCACUGUUUGAUUUUUCUUGUGAGCGAUUACCAACAUCAUGCUUGGGUCCAGAACAUGCUACACGGAUACUUGCUUUUGCAUGAGUCAUUUAGAGGACUGCAAAUGUGGUGCCAGAUGUCAUGAAUAUUUGUUUUUCUGCCAAUUUGUAGAAGAAGGGCUACGUUUCAGUGAGUGAGAUCAGAGAGUCUCUCAAGUGGGAGCGAGAGCGGGCCUGUCAUGUGCUGGUAAGUCUCCUCAGAGGAAAUACAAAGCAAAGAGGUUGUUUUGUUUUUAUUUUGGCUGUAGAAAGGAUGCUACCUAGAAACAGUGUAGGAGGAGGCAGUGUUGUAGUACUCGAGCCCGGUCUUGAGACCACAUAUUUAGUGUCUUGUCUCUGUGUCGGAUACAUUUUUACUCGGCCUUGACUCUGUCUCGUCCAAUGAGGACUUGUAAUUUUUUGCCGAGACCAGCGGAGUGAAAAAUUCCUAAUUAUCAGCUCCCAUUCAGUCAGCCCAUAAAACCACUUCGCCAGGCCAAAUAUCCACACUCCUUUCAUGACACAUAAAUAUCUUAUUUACUCAUAACAUUCCUGUCCUUUACUAUCGUUGAAAAAUAUCAUUAAACUUUGUCGUGCUCGUCAGAAUUUCCUUGAUUCGGUGGUAGGGAAGAGUGGGGGACAUUGUGUGAAAUUAGCACGCUCACUAUUAGUAAGGGGAGACUUUGGGAAGUUGUAACAUAUUUUGUCCUAUUAUCUAUUAUAGAUCUGUCAGGGUUAGCGGCAGGUAGCCUAGUGGUUAAGAGCGUUUGGCCAGUAACCGAAAGGUCGCUGGUUCAGAAUCUGCUGUUCUGCCCUUGAGCAGUUAUCCCCCAAAAACAACUGCUCCCCGGGCGCCAAUUUUUUUUAUUUAACCUUUAUUUAACCAGGUAAGCCAGUUGAGAACAAGUUCUCAUUUACAACUGCGACCUGGCCAAGAUAAAGCAAAGCAGUGCAAUAAAAUCAACAACACAGAGUUAUAUAUGGGGUAAAACAAAACAAAACAUAAAGUCAAAAAUACCAUAGAAAAUAUAUAUACAGUGUGUGCAAAUGUAGCAAGUUAUGGAGGUAAGGCAAUAAAUAGGCCAUAGUGCAAAAUAAUUACAAUUAAUAUUAACACUGGAAUGAUAGAUGUGCAAGAGAUGAUGUGCAAAUAGAGAUACUGGGGUGCAAAUGAGCAAAAUAAAUAACAAUAUGGGGAUGAGGUAGUUGAGUGGGCUAAUUUCAGAAGGGCUGUGUACAGGUGCAGUGAUCGGUAAGGUGCUCUGACAACUGAUGCUUAAAGUUAGUGAGGGAGAUAAGUCUCCAGCUUCAGAGAUUUUUGCAGUUCGUUCCAGUCAUUGGCAGCAGAGAACUGGAAGGAAUGGCGGCCAAAGGAGGUGUUGGCUUUGGGGAUGAUCAGUGAGAUAAACCUGCUGGAGCGCAUACUACGGGUGGGUGUUGCUAUGGUGACCAAUGAGCUAAGAUAAGGCGGAGAUUUGCCUAGCAGUGAUUUAUAGAUGGCCUGGAGCCAGUGGGUUUGGCGACGAAUAUGUAGUGAGGACCAGCCAACAAGAGCGUACAGGUCACAGUAGUGGGUAGUAUAUAUAAAUGGAUGGCACUGUGAUAGACUACAUCCAAUUUGCUGUGUAGAGUGUUGGAGGCUAUUUUGUAAAUUACAUCGCCAAAGUCAAGGAUCGGUAGGAUAGUCAGUUUUACGAGGGCAUGUUUAGCAGCAUGAGUGAAGGAGGCUUUGUUGCGAAAUAGGAAGCCGAUUCUAGAUUUAACUUUGGAUUGGAGAUGCUUAAUGUGAGUCUGGAAGGAGAGUUUACAGUCUAACCAGACACCUAGGUAUUUGUAGUUGUCCACAUACUCUAGGUCAGACCCGUCGAGAGUAGUGAUUCUAGUCGGGUGGGCGGGUGCCAGCAGCGUUCGAUUGAAGAGCAUGCAUUUAGUUUUACUUGUGUUUAAGAGCAGUUAGAGGCUACAGAAGGAGUGUUGUAUGGCGUUGAAGCUCGUUUGGAGGUUUGUUAACACAGUGUCCAAUGAUGACAUGGACGUCGAUUUAAAGCAGACCCCCGCACCUCUCAGAGGGGUUGGGUUAAAUGCGGAAGACACAUUUAGGUUGAAAGUAUUCAGUUAUGCAACUGGCUAGGUAUCACCUUUUCUUUGUCUAUUUGCCCUCGGAAUGCAUUUUUUCACCACUCUGAAUGUCUAAAGAAUCCAUAUGUUCUCCUGAAAUAUGAACACAUUUUGAACUCUUAUUACGGUGGCGAUUUGACACAAUUACAACCAUGGUCUUGAAUUGGACUCGCAUUUUUCGGGUCUUUUUCUCGCCCCCCUCCCGGUCUCAGUCUUGACUCUGUCUCUAAUUGCUCUGGUCUUGAAUCAGUCUGGCUUUAUGUGGUCUUGAACACAACACUGGGAGGAGGAUAUUUUACAGAGGGAAAUUGUUAGCUACACUAAUUAGGACUGACAAAGGACCAUAGAACCAUGGUUCUUGAUUCAGUUUAGCUCCCCACCUAUGGAGCCAGAAACCUGCCGAAAGGUUGAACGUAAGUAUCGUUAGGAUCGAAAGAAAAUCCAUACAUUUAGGUAGCUAAUGUAAUGGAUUUGUUUGCCAGCGCAAGUCUAGAUAGCACUAGCUGUAUUAUGCCUACAACAGUGAAGUUUCAGUCCGCUAGGUGUAUCUCUACAGCAUGGGCAUAUCUCUGGUUGACGUGGACAUCCCCAUGCAUGCACCUUAUCAAAAUAUGACUAAUUCAAUAUUGCACCAUCCCAUUCUCUGGGCUCUGUCUGCAAUCAUAACUAGUAGUAUAUACCAGGAAUAAUGAAACAGAAUAAUAAUAGAUGUUUGGUGAAUCUAUGAAUUAUGCAUGACCACUCCAGUCUUUGCCACUCAAAAUAUAUUUUACUGAAUAUGUUCAUAUUUAUUUAAUCACUCAAAAUCUUGCCAAAGCAUAUUCUGUAGGAACGGUUAAUAUGAAUUUGUAAAUAAUUUGACAUGAUUUAUAUGAAUCGGGUCAUGAACAUAUGGACUUUGAAAUGAACAAGGGUGAGGUUAAACGUAGGCUGAAUCUGGCAUAAGAUUAUUCUCACACUUUACAAUAACUCUGUUGCAGUGGUCUUAGGUAGUCUCCAUAUAGGCUGUUCCCUCCAUCGUGACACUGCUGCCCAGCUGAUGAGCUUGUGAUCUCCAUGCAGCACCACAGCACCAUGCGCCUUCGGAAAAGCAGCCUCAGAAGAUGCCCUUCUGGAGGCAUGCAGCCAUAGUCAUUAUACCCUAAUGUAGGCCUAUUUGCCUACUAGUCAAAUAAACUGCCGAGCACGCAUGAUGCGUGCAACUCGUCAUUCCAACAUAUUUGAACAUUUAAUUCAUCCUUCAUUCAGUUCAGUCUGUAUGUCAUCCAUUCAGUCAUUUGUCGGAGUUGCAAUAGGAACUAAAUCAUAGAGAAUAGAAGUCUUAUCCAUUUGUUUAUUGAAAUCCAUGUGUAUUCAAAAUGAUCUAAAUUCUCCAAAGUUCUUUUAGCCUAUCACUUUAAUAAUGAAAUGUUUAAUUUAGGCCUAUCCAAAUAAAAAUAGGCCUUCAACUUGUAGGCAUUGCAAUUUAGUCUAUCAUUUUGGGUACUGGUGUCUUGAGGACACAUUUUUAAACUCCAUUUGUGUUUUAUAACUGUUAUUAUUAUAGGACUCCCGUUAAAAAGAGACCCUAGCUCACGGGCCUCUAAAUAUAGCCUCUAAAAAGUUGAAGCUGCACGUGCAGAGCAUCUUCAACUAUUUCGCUCAGGACAGGUUAUAGCCAAGACUUAAUCAAUAUUUUGUUUUGUCUCAUUUAUUGAUAUGGAUGUAGCCUCUGCGUGAUGGGGUUGUGCUACGCAAAUGGCUAUAUCAAGCCUACAUACAGAGUGGAAUUCACUAAUACAACAGUCAAAAUGUCUAAUAUAAGGCCUACAGUCCAUGCUCCCAAAUACUGGAAAAGGUGUGAAUCAUUAGGUUACAUGAUCACCACACUAGCCCCACGCGGCUAUAAAAAUGUAUUAUACAUUAAAUAACACACAACAGCAUGGCAUAUUUAGAUAGCAGAAUAGGCCUAGCCUAGCCUAAAUCAUAUUUACUUUCUAUUUUGCAGUUCAGGCGGUUAUUCUAGACAAGGCUCUUCUGUGUAUUUAUCAUUCUCACACAAGUAAUUUGCUGAAGGCCCAAGCCUAUACUACGUAAUCUACUGUAACAUCGUUAAUGAUUGCAAUUCUAAAACAAGCUCUAGACUUUUAUUUUGGAAAUGACACCGGAAGCUACAAAGCAACUUUGUCUGGGCUAGAGUUGCUUGAUUGACUAGCGAACUUCGACUAGCUACAUUCAGUUCAUGUCCUUUGCAGAUGCCACAUUACUGACAAAGGUUUGUACGCAUAAAAAAGAUAUGUAACCGAGUAAAUGGAGACGUAAAGUAAGAAUUGAACGUGUAAAUGUUCAUUCAUAGUCGUAACAAGUUUUGUACGUUUACAUAUCUAUUUUAACGUUUACGUUUCAUGCAUGGCUUUUCUUACAAUCCUAACAAUUUACAUAUGGAUUUUCUUACGAUCCUAUGGAUACGUACGUUCAACCUUUUGGCAAGUAUCUGGCCCCGUACCCACCAUCCUAACAUACACACUCCUUGUUGUCCUAGGAAGACCUGUUGAAAGAGGGCUUGGCGUGGUUGGAUUCCCAAGCUUCUGGAGAGCCACAGUAUUGGCUGCCAGCCCUCUUCUCUGAGCUGACUUCCCGUGAUGUCACACCUGAGGAGGCCAAUCAGAUGACGCCUUAAGAAAAAUAGGAUUUUUGGUACGUGGGAAGUCAGGGGGGACAUUUUGAUGAACAAUGUGUGCAUGUUGGGAAUGUCCUGAAUUGUAAUGGGGUGUAUACGCAAUUAUUAGGCAAGUUGUAUGUUUGAGGAUUCAUUUUAUUAUUGAACAACUACAGUGCUCUCGGUCAAUCCAAAAUGUUAAUAAAUCUCAAACCUUUCUUUGGAGAAUAUCUGUGUGCACAAUUAUUGGGCAACUAUUAGUGUGCAGAAUUAUUAUGCAACUAAAUGAAAAACGAAAAGUUCCCCAUCUCACUUGUUUAUUUUCGUCUGUUAAAGUGAGAAUAAUAAACAAACUCAACAUUUACAAAUAAACAUUUCUGACAUUUCAACAACAAAAAAAAUCUGUGACCAAUAUAGCCACAUUUCUUUUCAAUAACAGUCAUAAGCCUUCCAUCCAUCGAGUCAGUCAGUUUUUUGAUCUGUUGACGAUCAACUUUUUGUGCAGCAGCAACCACAGCCUCCCAGACACUGGUCAGAGAGGUGUACUGUUUAAGAAGGGAACACAAGUUCUCAAUAGGGUUUAGGUCAGGUGAGGAAGGAGGCCAUGUCAUUAUUCUUUCAUCUUUAAGGCCUUUACUGGCUAGCCACGCAGUGGAGUACUUCGAUGCGUGCGAUGGAGCAUUGUCCUGUAUAAAAAUCAUGGUCUUCUUGAAAGAUGCAGACUUUUUCCUAUACCACUGCUUGAUGAAAGUGUCUUCUAAAAACUGGCAGUAGGUUUGGGAGUUGAGUUUGAGUCCAUCUUCAACCCAAAAAGGUCCAACUAACUCAUCUUUAAUAAUACCAGCCCAUACCAGUACUCCACCUCCACCUUGCUGGCGUCUGAGUCGAAGUGGAGCUCCGUGCCCGUUACUGAUCCAGCCACGGGCCCAUCCAUCUGGUCCGUCAAGAGUCACUCUCAUCUCAUCAGUCCAUAAAACCUUUGAAAUAUCUGUCUUCUUGGCCCAGUCUUGACGUUUCAACUUAUGUGUCUUGUUCAGUGGUGGUCGGGUUUCAGCCUUCCUUACCUUGGCCAUGUCUCUGAGCACUGAACACCUUGUACUUCUGGGCACUCCAGGUAGGUUGCAGUUCUGGAAUAUGACAGCACUGGAGGAUAAUGGGUUCCUGGUAGCUUCACGUUUGAUUAUUCUCAAAUCUUUGGCAGUUCAUUUGCGUAUAUUUUUCUCAACACGGUUCUUGCGACCCUGUUGACUAAGUGCAACAAAACUUUUGAUGGUUCUGUGAUCACGCCCCAAAACUUACAGCUUGGAGUUGGGAAAUAUGCAUAAUAAUGAUGAUAUGGUCAAAAUACUGACUUGCCUAAUAAUUGUGCACACAUUGUAUAAUUUCAAGGGUAGGUACACAUCAUCUUGCUUUCCUUCAGUGAUUGUGGAGAUGAAAACUAGGUUACAAAUGUUAUGUUUUCUGUGGCAGUUGUCAAUCAUGGAUUUGUUAUUCAUUUUCAUUAUAUUAAAUUACCUUUUAUUAAAACAUCAGAGUAAUUCUUUGUAUAUUGCAGUUAAUGAUACAAAACAAUGUGUACUUCCAUGUUAACACAACUGUGAAGAAAACUUUAUUUGUUGCUUCCCACAUGAAUCCCAUUUCAACUGUAACAUUAUCAGAGGGCAUCAUUUGACCAUUAAUCAUUUGACUAUAUUAUGCAACAGGUUAUGUAUACAUAUUAUCAGUAGCUUUAAGGGGAGAAAGUCAGUUUAGUGCAAUUAUCCAAAGUAAACAUAGUUCAGCAGAGAUUAUAACAGAGUAAACAUAGGAAACCAUUAAAUAGCAACGCAAUACAUUCCUAUCACCCAGCAAUGGAGGCAAAUCUCUAUUCCAAGACCAAAAUUAAGA